GUGCCACGCCAGCGUCACCGCCCGGGGGCGUCGUCUCGGCGAGGCUGCCGUCCGGAGCCAUGCCUUCUGACAGGAGGUCGCUGCGGAAGAGGACCAGGUCGAAGAUGGGCUCGCUGAAGGGGCCGCACUCCAGGGUGAUAAGCUGCGACGCGGGGUGCACCGGGGAGACCCCGGCCAACGAGUCGCACCCGGGAGGCAGCGUCCCCGGGCGCGAGGAUGGCGCGACGGCCGCGCCUCAGGCGGGCUGGCGGGCGUCCCUGGGCGCCGUCGGGGCCUCGACGCGCGGCGCUCUGCUGAAGCUGUGGGCCCACCGGUGCCUCGGGCUGCUCUUGCUCGCCUCGUGCGCCCUGCUGCUCGGGCUGUGCUACUACGUGAGCGCCUGGUCCUCAAAUUCUGUGUCUUCAAGUGAAUAUAAUGUGUGUAGCAGUGAAAAUGCUGAUGGACAAACUCCAGAAAAAACUUCUGCAUGGGAAGCUCUGUUCAAUUUUUUCUUUCCAACAACAUGCAUUCCAAAGCAGAAUCAGGUGGUGAAGGCUUGCAAUGAGCAGCAAGAUUACAACAAGACUGAAUGUUUGGGAUAUAAAUGCUGUUACUCAUCCUUCAAGAUCAGUAACAUCAACUGUUUUGUCCCAUUAAAGGAUAAGCCUACACAGAUGUUCCGGAUGUUUGGGCUUGGUGUGAUCGGCAUGAUCAUCCUGGGAUGUGUGCCCAUUUUUUGCUGCUCUCUUUGGCGGAGGAGCAAAUGGGCCAAUCCUUUAGGAAGGAAAGUCAACAAAAUUGUAAAGGGUGUGAAGAAACAAAAAAAGAAACUAAAGAAGGAUGCUGAGAUGUUAGGGACAGCAGCAGAAGAUGAGUAAAGUUUAGGUGGUGGAAAGCAGUGAGAGAACAAAGCAUUAUUUUCCCACUGAGAAGAAUACAAACCAUUCCAAGCAGAAGAGACUGUCCCAGUCAUCUCAACCCGAUGGAGCAUUUUAGAAGGACAAAAAUUUGUUCUUAUUUUUGUCAUGUUUACUUACAAAUAUGAAAUAAAGUUGAUAGUUCUGUUUUUGUGCAUCAAA